AUGGCUAAGUUCUUGAAAGCUGGUAAAGUUGCUAUCGUUGUCCGUGGUCGUUACGCCGGUAAGAAGGUCGUCAUCGUCAAACCACACGAUGAAGGUACCAAGUCUCACCCAUUUGGUCACGCUUUAGUUGCUGGUAUUGAAAGAUACCCAUUAAAGAUCACCAAGAAACACACUGCCAAGAAGGUUGCUAAGAGAACUAAGAUCAAGCCAUUCAUCAAGGUUAUCAACUACAACCACUUGUUGCCAACCAGAUACAGUUUGGAUGUCGAAUCUUUCAAAUCCGUUGUCUCUACCGAAACUUUCGAAGAACCAACUCAACGUGAAGAAGCUAAGAAAGUCAUCAAGAAGGCUUUUGAAGAAAGACACCAAGCCGGUAAGAACCAAUGGUUCUUCUCCAAGUUGAGAUUCUAA